AGAGAGCUAGAGAGGAGAGAGAAGCUGGCUGAGAAAGCUGCCAGCAAGCAACACCAGAGAGAGAGAUUGUGAAUGCUAGACAGACUCCUGGGUGCUAAACAAUAGCGUGAGAGGGUAGCAGCAAGGUCUGUUCUUCUGGCAGCCCUGCCGAUGUGGACUUUUAUGUCGUGAAUACUGUGGGGAAGCACUAGAUAAUUCCUGUUUGCAAGGCGAUACAACACAGGGGCAGACGUUGGGUGGUAGACCUACGGCAGGAUGAGUGGGAUCCUGAAGAGGAAGUUUGAGGAGGUGGAAGUGGACAGCCCCUCCCCGUGCCUCUCUCUCCAGGGGUCCGAUGACGAGGUCUCUGCCGGCAGCGACAGCGGGAACAGCAGCGACAGCGUCAACCCCGGCCCCUCCACCCCCGUCGCCCCCUCCUCUAUCUUGAGGUGUGAGAAGCACCUGCUGGUGCGCAAUGUGCACUUUGAGAGCGUGACGGUGUACUACUUCAGCCGGCGCCAGGGCUUCACCAGCGUGCCCACGCAGGGUGGCAGCACCCUGGGCAUGUCCACACGCCACAGCUGGGUGCAGCGCUACACCCUGGGGGAGUUCGCUGUGGAGCAGGAGAGAAGCCACCGAGACAUGCUGCGAGACCACCUCAAAGAGGAGAAACUCAACUCCAUCAAACUCAAGCUGACCAAUAAUGGCACUGUGGAGUCGGACGAGGCCGAGUCACUGACCUUGGACGACAUCUCAGAGGACGACAUCGACCUGGACAACACGGAGGUGGACGAGUACUUCUUCCUGCAGCCGAUGACCACCAGGCGGCGCCGCGCUCUCCUCCGGGCGUCUGGGGUGCGACGCAUUGACGUGGAGGAGAAGCACGAGCUGCGGGCCAUCCGGGUGUCCCGGGAGGAGUGCGGCUGUGACUGCAGGGGGCUGUGCAACCCUGCGACCUGCGCUUGCAGCCUGGCCGGCAUCAAGUGCCAGGUAAAUGGAGCUGUGGUAGAUCGCAUGUCAUUCCCGUGCGGCUGCAGCAAGGAGAGCUGCAGUAACAGCACAGGUCGUGUCGAGUUCAACCCCAUCCGUGUUCGCACCCACUUCCUGCACACCAUCAUGAAGCUGGAGCUGGAAAAGAGCCACGAGCAACAACCACCACAGGUCACCAUUGGUUACCACAGAGAACUACCAGUCAACAUCCCUGUCCAGCAUGCUCUGCAGUACCCCCUGAUGUCUGACAACAUCCCAGUCCCGCAGGCUCCCAUCAUGCACCUGCCGAGUGCCAGCGACGUGGAGCAGCAUCUAGAAGAGGAAGUGGACGAAGAUGAGGAAGAUGAGGAGGAGGAGGAUGAUGACUAUGAUAGUAGUUUAUGUAGUGGCCUCUCGGACUGCAGCACCGACAGCCUGCACACUAGUGACUCUCAGGAGGAGGAGGAGGAAGAUGACUGUGAGUCUAUCGAGGAGGGGGUGAGUGGACCCCCAGUCUCUCACACAGAGGUGGUCCCUCUCUCCUCUGUGUUGGGUUACAGUGAUGGCACACAGAACAACACCAACCGCGCUAACCCCAACUCAUACUACCACAACCCUUCAUCAGGGUACUACCAGAUGGACAACUCAGCCAAGCUGAACCCCACACCAAAAUCCCCUUGUGAAGCUCCCUCACUCCGCCUCUCACUCCCCAACAGGGAGGGGGCCACUGAUGGCCCCACGGUCGUGUCACAGGAGCAGCCUAAAACCACCUCCGAGCCGCACACAGACCACCUCAGCCAGAUAGAGGGACUGUAUAUGCAUUUUCCCCACACUGACAAAGCACCAGCAGCCAACGCCUGUUCCUCAGCCCCGCAGCAGAGCAACACUCCCCACAGUGGGGAGACUAGUACACUACACCAUGAGCAGCCCUAUCAGACACAGGUUAGCGUUUUUCAUCAUGAAUCUUGUUCUAGAGGCAACUCUGCGGAGUGGUCACUAGUUGGCACAGCCACAAAGUCAUAAAAUGAGAUUUAAACCUAACCUUAACCCUAAACGUAACCACACUGCUAACCCUAAUGCCUAACUCUAACCUUAAGACCAAAAGCACAUUUUUGAAUUUUUACAAUAUAGCCAAUUUUGACUCAGUAGCUGGCCUAUCUAAGGGGAAAUCGCUCAGUUCUGCCUCCAGGACAAAACUCGUGACAAUAAUUGUCAGUUCAGCCUUUCAGACAGACAUGAACGGUAAUGAUAUUACACUUUCACUGAAGAAUAGCACACGGUCUGAGGUAUCUGUGGGGACUAAGGAGCAGCAAAGCCAAGGGUCUUUCAACGGGCUGGCUGAGGCGUCCUCUCUCCUGCCUGAGAAUUAAAGGGAUGCACCCAUUCUAGAGACUAACACUAGUCACUAGCAGUGUCAGGUAGACUUGUGGCGAGUUCAAUGAAACUGGUUAGUGUGAUAAGUCAAGCAUUCCUUUGCAGCAAGUAUGUACAUUCGGAUUAAUGUGCUGACCAACUUAAUUAAAGGGAUACUACAGGAUGUCGGCAAUGAUCGCCUUCUCCAGAUCCAGAUGAACUUGUGGAUACCAUUUUUAUGUCUCUGCGUGUAGUUUGAAAGAAGUUGCUAACUAGCGUUAGCGCAAUGACUGGAAGUCUAUGGAAACCAGAUGUUAGCUGUGACCAUAGACUACCAGUCAUUGCACUAGUAAGCAUUGGCUUGCAAAACUACCUCUAACUUCCUUCGUACAGGGAUGAAGGAUGCAGGGACAUAAAAAUGGUAUCCUUGAGUUCAUCGGACUGGGACUGGGGAAGUAGAUUAAUGGGCUUCAUUGCCAAAAUCCUGAAGUAUCCCUUUACUAGUGAAACCAGUUUGAUUGAAUAGAACCUGAAGGACGGUGUUUGUUGUUUUUCAACUCCAAAUGAAUGUACCUUUUUCAAAGUGAACGAUUAGGUUUCAACGGCAAGUUGUGGGGUUUUGCCUCAGAAGGAUCUUUGCACAUUAUUGCGCACACAGUUUCCAUGUCCCGGUUCGGAAUGUCUAACCGCUAUUGGACGAUGACUGUGAAAUAGUUAGAAUUAAACAAAAUGAUUCCUUGUCGAAUGGGAAAAUGAAAAGAUGAUCACAUUUUAGUUAAACGAAUGAACAAAGAUAGACGGUGGGGCUCGGACGAUAUCAGCAACGCGAUACUUGUGAGUCACGUGGCAAUGACUUGUGACUUGUGAGUCACGUGGCAAUGAAACAAAACAUGAUGGCGGCUUUAACUUCUUUAGGAAAACAGCCCUAAUGUUGGAAAUAAACAUUGCUCACAGUAUUUAUAUAUAGCAGGUUUUUAAAAGACCGAAGAGUUUUUUCUGCUUCAUGUUUACAUUUUUGCCAUGGAAAAAAGUAUUGCAGUACUGGUAUAGUCACAGCCUUGGUAGAUUGAGCUUUUAUAUGGAGUCAACUGGAAAAUGUAUAUAGCUGCAGUUUAUGUAUGGCUAUACAAAGUGUAUGUAAUAUAAUGUGCGUUUUGAUAAUGACAGCAUGCUGUUGUUAGUACUGAUGACAAAUCAACACGAUUUUGAGGUACUACUAUUAUUAAGCGUUGGUCUCUUGCUGACUUGUGUUGUCUCAUAGAUGUUGAAUAUUUUGCAUGUAUUUUGUUGAAAGGAAAAACACCCUGUUUUAAAAAUGAACUUUUAUUUAUUUAUAUAUAUAUAUAUAUAUAUAUAUAUAUAUAUAUAUGCAGUGAGAAUGUCAAAAGGAAACAAAUGAAAGAACAUUUGUACUUUACGUUAGAUUGGACAGUUUUAUUGACAAUCCUCCAAGAGACUGUAGUUAGAGCCACAGACUUAUAACCAUCUCUACCGCUGCAUUUAGGUCCAUUUUCAAUUGGACCAUGAAACUUAGAAAAUGUACGUCGUUUGAAAUCGUUUCAUACAUCUUGCUUAAUUUCACGAGACAAGCUAUAUUUUCAGUGCUGCCAUUAUGAUUUGUUAUCGAGCUUUAUUGUCACAUGCACAGGACACAGCAGGUGUAAAACAGUGCAGGGAGAACCUUAACUUGCGAGCUCUUUCCCAAAAAUGCGUAAUAACGGUUGUAAUACAAAGAAAUAAAAACAGGCGAAAUGUGGACAGAAGGAUAGAGUUCUAUAACGUUCUUCUAUACAGGUCAGUACAGUGCCAGUACUGUUAUUACAGUGUGCAGGGGUUACUGGAGGGAUUGAGGAAGGAAUGGACCUACUUCAUCACAACAUGUUCUUUUUCUCCACUCGCUUUUCUCUCUGUAUCCAGUCUCUUCAUCGAGCCCCUUUAUGGUUCUCCUCGCUCUCUUUCUAACGCUCUCACGCUCUCUUGCCCUCAUGACCUCUCUCUCCUCUCGCCCAUCCUGUGACAUCAUAUCACGUCAGCCAAUGAGGUGGUGUGUAGCGUAAGGGUGCCAAAGCAUUCAUGAUCUAUGGUGAAGUAAGCUACCAGUCUGUACCAGUCUCUGCUGUUCUGCUGUAGAUAUGAUUUGGUAGUCUAUAUUGUGGUCAGUGUGAAAAUGGGUAUUUAUUGUGGUUUAUUCCCGCAGCAGUCUGUUGUGUCAUGAAGGCCUUGAAGUGCACAGAGCUCAUGUUGUUUUUGGCUUGGUCCCAAAUGGCACCUUAUACCCUUUAUAGUGCACUUCUUUUGAACAAGGAAGUAGUACCCUUAUAGGGUAUUUGGGACACAGACUUCCUGUUCGGUUUAGUUUUGUUCCAGAAUGUCUCUUUGUUUAUCAAGACUGCCUAGAACUGGGGGCCAAAAAUAGAUUUUCUCUGUUUGUCUCUUCUUUUUUACACCAACAUUUGUUCCUUUUUCCACAAACAUCAGACUUUGAGAAUAAAUAACCAAUGGAAAAA